AUUAGUUUGUCCCGCCAGUAUCCAAUCCUUAUGCACAAUCGAAGUUGAAGCUAAUUGUUCGGUCACAGUCAUCUACACAUUAACUAAAUCCUUGUGCAAAUGUGUAGCAGUCAACCCGAUUUGAACUCCUCUGUGGCUCGGCUCAGACUGACAAAUUUUCCCAAUUCUAACGUUAUUUAAUUCCCUCUCCAGCCCAGUUUUCACAGCCCUGAAAACACCAUCUUAGCACAAAAUGCAAAAUAAUGGACCACAAUAACCAUUUUAACCUUUCUUCCACUUACUAGUUUUUAUCAUUACUCCAGAUAUUGUCCAAUUCUCCCCUCUUUUCCAAUCAUGGCAAUCUUAUUAGUUCAGUUCCUCACUUUCCCCAACAUAAUUUACUCAAUGGAGACAAGUUGUCAAAUCCCCUGACGGUUACACCAAUACCCCUUUGUUCCAUAUCCCGGGCUGGACACACUUGAUAGCCUGGUUUCCAAACUCCCAGACGUAACCCGAAACCGUAUUAAAUGCAUCACCGGUCAACCCCACUGCCAUUCCUCUGGAGUUUAAGAGGUCACCAGACGCUGAAGUUAACAACAGGAUUGCUCAGGCCAGUUAAACUUUUUGAAGAAUCCAUGAAAAGGUCUCAGCCUUACCGUCAAGGUGAAGAUCUACCAGGUAGUGGUACCAUGAUUCUUUGUACCAGUGAGACCUGGACUGUCUACAGCAGACAUGCCAUAUAUCUCAUUCAUUUCCAUCUUAACCGUCUCUGCAGACUCCUCUCUGCCUGGUGGCAGGGCAAAAUACCUGACACAGAAGUCCCGACAUGAGUCAGCAUCUCCAGCGUCUAUGUUCUCAUACAGAAAGCCCGAGUCAAAUGGGAAGGCCAUGUCAUCAGAAUUCCAAACUGUCGACUAUGGAUCGACUACGGAAACAACUGAUAUUUGGAAAACUGUGUCAGGUCAAGCGCUCCAUCGGAAAACAGAAGGAACGAUGCAAGGGCAGUCUUAAAGUGUCCCUCAAAGACCCAAACAUCGACUCCCCCCCACCUUGGAGUCGCUUACUUAAGACCAUCCCACAUGGUGGGAUCAUCAGUAGAAUCAUUAAAGGAUAUGUUCAGGCAGAAAAAAAGAUGUUUUGUCGAGGCUCAGAGAAAACAUGCUGUGUGCAAGGCAAGAAACACCUCAACCUCAUCGUCUGCUACAACAUCCACUUGCAUUUGUUCCAUUUGUGUUGGAGUCAAGGUCAUCUUUGACAUCAAAGGAUAGACAACAACAUACACAUGUACAUGUGCUUUAUCUCCCGAAAUAAAUGUCAGAUUGGGUUGAAACUUUGCAAAUACCACUAGCUAGAAAGGAAAUGACAUUUGACAUGGUGUGAUGAUGACAUCAGGUGAAAGGUCAUGUGACUUCAAAGUACUGUCUCCUGAAUUACAUGCCUGUUUGGGUGACAACCUUGCAGGAGACAGUGAUUGAGAGUGUCCAGCAGGAUUUGAACAGCACCCGAUCUGAAUUUGAAGGGAGUGGUUACUACAGUUUAGCCAUCAUUUAUGGGGUGUUUGCCUUCUCCAACUGGUUGGCGCCCUCUGUUGUCAGUUUAAUAGGUCCUCGUGCAACCAUGUUCAUCAGUGCAGUCAUCUAUACUGCAUUUAUUGCAAUCUUCCUCAGCCUGAAAGUAUGGAGCCUGUACAUGAUGUCUGUGUUUCUUGGUGUAGCUGCAGCAUGUAUAUGGACAGCUCAAGGAAACUUUCUUACCAUUAACUCUACCAGCGAGACGGUGGGGCGCAACAGUGGCAUAUUCUGGGCCAUGCUGCAGUGCAGUCUUCUCUUUGGCAACAUCUUCAUCUUCUUUGAAAUUGGCAAAACCAAUGCCAUGUACAUAAUAGAAUCAACUAGGACAACUAUCUUUAUUGUGUUGACUACUGUGUCGGGUAUCGGAGUACUGAUGUUUUUGCUGCUCCGUCAGCCACCUCCACGGGAUGAAACAUCCAUCCAGUCUACAGAGCUGAGCCCUGAUGCUGAGGCCAAACUGGGUCCAGUCCAGUCAUUAGUUCGAUCAUUCCAACUCCUUAAGAUGAAAGCCAUGCUUUUGCUGAUUGUUUGCUUCUUUUACACCGGGUUGGAGUUGACAUACUUCAGUGGUGUGUAUGGAACUUGUGUUGGCAACACCCACCUACUGGGCCCCAAGUCUAAGAGUUAUGUUGCCCUAUGUGGCAUUUUGAUUGGGUGUGGUGAAAUCAUAGGUGGAGCCAUCUUUGGGCUGAUGGGUAGUCGUACCAACAAGUUUGGUCGUGACCCCAUUGUUCUUCUUGGCUUCAUUGUGCACAUAAUUGCCUUCUAUCUGUCUCUCCUGAACCUGCCAUCUGACUCGCCCAUUAGCGAUACAUUCAACCACAAAGGCUACAUCCAACCGAACCUUGCAGUUGCCUUGGUCACAGCUUUCCUGCUGGGUUUCGGAGACAGCUGUUUCAACACCCAAGUCUAUUCCAUUCUGGGAUACAUUUUUCCAAAUGACAGUGCUCCGGCCUUUGCCCUCUUCAAAUUUACGCAGUCCCUGUCUGCAGCCAUUGCCUUCUUCUAUGCCAAACAUCUACUCCUUCACUGGCAGCUACUAAUUCUUGUCAUCUUUGCUGUCCUGGGGACAUUGUCCUUUGCCAUGGUGGAGUGGACUGCCAGCAGAAAGGUCCGGGAAGGGUAUGAGAGAAUUUAGGCAGACAGAAAAACAAAAAAAUCCCCAUAAGUGAAUUUCUCAUUCCAUGGAUGACUUUAUAUGGAUAAAGGUAGUCUCCAUUUUUUUGUAAUCAUCUGUUACCUGUUAAAUAAAGGGCCACUGCAACGAACUACUGUUUGAUGCAAUCCCUAAAUUCAACUCAACAUCUCUGUUGUGCUUGAUUAUAAUUCUUCAUAUUGCCAUUUUUAAGGAUGAUUUCGGGCCUUCUCUGUAGCUUUUUGGCAAAUUUGAUUUCUGUUUUCAUUAGAAAUAUUGGAAAUUAUUUUAGGCAGAAUCCUCAGUGUUGCAGCGAUUCUAACAAAAGUUGCAGUUUCUGCUCUGGACGUGUUUCUUUUUGUUUGUGUUAGAUUUUCACUGUUGUGGCCAGCAGGCAAUUACAGAGCAAAGUUAAUCACUUUUUACAUAGCAGGGGAUUGCAUUACAUAAAAAACACUCAAAUGUAGAGGAUUUUAAAUAUUGAAAGGUGCUCUUGAAAUAAGUUGAAUCAAAAAGGGAUGUUUUGUUAUUUCAUAAAGUUGUUAAUUGACUCAACUAACUGGUGUCAGCCUGUUCAAUGAUGAAGUAGAUCUAUAAUCAAUCCUCAAUUAAUUAGUGGUUACUGCUUCUAGGGAGAAUGGCCCAUUUGUCGUUUAGCCCUUUUACAAGGCUGCAGGCCUGGCUGAUAUAUUCAUGCGUCAAUAGACAUUGUCUGUCAGGCUAGAGGGGCC